GGAAAUGACUGGAACCAAAACAAAGCAUGAGCGAAGGGAUAAAUUAUUAGAAAUAAACGCGUUUGAAUAAUGAUUUUUUAACUGAGUUGGCGUGAGAAAACAUGUCCGGUUUGUCCAUUACGCAGUCUAUCAGCUGGCGCGGCUGAAGCCUCUCGUCCUCUCUUUUGGAUUGUGGAUUGUGACAAGUGCCAGGACAGCAGCAGAACAGGACCAGGACUAAUACUACCCUUCUCGGGGAUUGUCCCUCUGCUGCCUUUCAACGGGAGGUUCCUCCACUUUUCGCCUGACAGCCCACCACCCGGAGCCAAGACGUUGUUCCCCGUAGACCCGGGUUGCCCCAGUCCGAGCAGUGCAGUCCGUGUGGGCAGGUCGGCACUCGGCGUCCUGCAGGCCGGAGACAUGAUGGCACACUGUGCCGGCUGUGAACGGCCCAUCCUGGACCGGUUCCUCCUCAACGUGCUGGACCGAGCCUGGCACUCCAAGUGCGUCCAGUGCUGCGAGUGCAGCUGCGCCCUCUCCGAGAAGUGCUUCUCCAGGGACGGGAAGCUCUAUUGCAAAACUGACUUUUUCAGGCGGUUUGGCACUAAAUGCGCGGGCUGUCUGCAGGGCAUCUCUCCAAACGACCUGGUCCGCAAAGCGCGCAACAAAGUGUUCCACCUGAACUGCUUCACCUGCAUGGUGUGUAACAAGCAGCUGUCCACGGGAGAGGAGCUUUACGUGAUAGACGAAAACAAGUUUGUGUGCAAAGAAGAUUACGCCAGCUCCGGGGCCAUUAAGGAAGUCAACUUGAACUCAGUGUCGUCGUGUACAGAUAGGAGUUUAUCGCCGGAUCUGCAGGACCCAAUACAGGACGACAUAAAAGAGACGGACAAUUCCACGUCCUCUGAUAAGGAAACGAACAAUAUUGAGAAUGAGGAGCAGAACUCGGGGACCAAAAGGCGGGGGCCCCGGACCACCAUCAAGGCCAAGCAGCUGGAAACGUUAAAGGCCGCGUUUGUCGCGACGCCGAAACCCACCCGGCACAUCCGGGAACAACUGGCCCAGGAAACAGGACUAAACAUGCGCGUCAUCCAGGUCUGGUUUCAGAACAGAAGGUCCAAAGAGCGACGAAUGAAGCAGCUGAGUGCUCUGGGGGCCCGGCGGCACGCCUUCUUCAGGGGCCCGAGGAGGAUGAGGCCCCUGGGAGGAAGGCUGGAGGAUCCCGACAUCUUAGGACCCGGGGCCUACGGUUAUUACGGAGAAUACCAAGGUGACUAUUAUGGACCAGGAACUAACUACGACUUCUUCCCUCACGGCCCUCCAUCCUCGCAGGCUCAGUCUCCGGCCGAGUCGCCCUACAUCCUGAGCUCUGGACCCGGACCCAUGGAGGGCUCAGGCCACCACCCCUCAGACGACCAAAGGUUCACGGACAUGAUCUCCCACGCUGAAACCCCCAGUCCAGAGCCGGGCUUACCAAACUCCCUGCAGCCUAUCCCGGGGGAGGCCUACGGGGGCGGGCCCAGCCCCCCUUUCUCAUUGGCCAGUAACUCCAGCUACAGUGCUCCCAUGUCCCACCAAGGCCCGGAGAUGGGAGAGAGCACAGCCUGGUAAAGGACAAAAAACAGGGAUCUUUCCUGGGCUGAAUGUCAGCCUGGUUAAUUCAGGAGAUGAAAAAGAAAAACACACACAUUGGGAAGUGAACAAUACAGCUGAAAUUUUUAUGGAGGACUUUUUAAAUCACGGACUGAUUUUGCCAAUUUGAAAUGGAAUCAAGAAUGGGACAGCCUGCUGGAAAAAUGAAUAUUUGCUGCCCAGUAGACUCUCCAAAGCAUAUCCCCUCCUGGAUUACUGGACUUGAAAUGAUUUAAUAAUAAUAAUUUGUGAUUCCACCCAGCAAAAAAUGCUAAUCGCCUUCCCCUUGAUGUUAACGAAGGUUCUUGUCAUGCUCUAGGGACAAAUUAGAGAUUAAUGCCAAAGGGGACAUCUUAAGUUCUCUUAAUUUCUGUCCACACUUUCUUUUUGCUUAAAAGCAAUAUGAGUUUUUAUUAUUAUGUUCAUUGCCACACUACACUCAAUACUUAAAGAUAAAGGACCAGGUUUAAAAACAUGCUUUAAUUUUCAUAUACAAAAUCGUACGUGGCAAAAUAGACAUAUUACGUUUAGUCAAAAACGUUGCUUUAAACGUUGCUUUAAGCGUUCGUCUCUGUUAGACAAUAUGUCAAAUCAAAGGCUGCUUCUUCAUAGAAACUAUACACACACACACACACACACACACACACACACACACACACACACACACACACACACACACACACACACACACACACACACACAUGCACACACAUCUCUGGCAUUGACUUUCUCCAGCACACAUCUCAGCUUUAAGUCCCUUAAUGCACAAAAAGCGUUUUUUGAUCAUAGCUCAAAAAGAAGGAUGUCUAUACCAUUAUUCAAAACACGGACACAAUUAUACCGACACUUGUACUCACUCAAGCACACACACAUCGGCUAGUAUGCUUACAUGCACACACACACACGCACACACA